AUGCAGCAUAAUGAUGGAGAAAAAACACUAAGGAAAUCACAAAGCUACACUGAGCUUCAACCCCAAGGUGAUGAAUUUCUUGAAAUAAAUUCAAAAUGGUUGAAGGAAGCAAUGCAAAAUUCUACGAUUAAACUUAAAGUUACACCCAUGCUAUUAAUCAAUUGUGGUCUACCAAACAGCAGAAAAACCACAGCAUUUAAGAAGCUCUUGCAAGCAGCUUCAGAUUUAAAGGAAGAAGAUGGUAUUGGGUUUUGUGAUGUAAUUGCUGCUCGAAAUGUAUUUUAUAAUAGGAUUGUGUUUACGCCUAAACUACAAGAUAGGGGAUACCUAUAUAUAAUGUCUACAGGAGUAGAAAGUAUAGCUCGGUUAUCUGGCAAAGUAAUGAGAGUCUCUUUAGAUCAUUUCUCUGGAUUCUCUAGUAAAGAUCUAAAUGGGCAUUUAUUGGAAUUUAUGAUGAGCAUUCUUGAGAAUGAUCUCAGGAAGCAACAUGACGAGCUCACUGAAUGGGAUCAAAGCCACACAUGCGGAUUAGCUCUCAUUAAUGUUUGGGAUCUUGGUCUUAACAAGAUACCAACUUAUGUUCUCUCACAUCUUGCUGGUCAUCUCUACAAUAGUCAUGUUUUGAUGUUUCUUGAUCUGCUACGUGAUGUUGAUCAUCUUUAUGAAGUUCCUGAUAUUCCUGAAAAUCAAUAUGACAAGUCACGUAAUGACAAGGAGCUCAUGAGGUGGAGAUCACGUAUUGAUUACUUUGUUCGCUUUGCUAAACUUGCUUCAAUAAAAAAUGGAAAUCGUAAAAAAAUUUUGAAAAAAAUGAGGAAAUUAAAAGAUGCUGUUAGUGAUGCUUCUAAGCAGUUGCAGCUUCAUGAUCUUAUUGACAUGGAAAACUUUGAAGUUUUUCACAAUAAAGAUAUUGAUUCUUUGCGUAACCUUUUACGAAAGAGAAUAAAAGAUGGCCUGGAAUACCAUGCUGAAGAGAAAGAUCAGCUCUACAUUAUGAAAGAUGAAUUAGGGGUAUUAUCAAAGGAGCUCAAUAUGGAUGAUGAUAUGUUUUGUAAGUUUCGUCGUUUUUUCACUUCAUUUGGGAGCAUCAUUGAUGUCAGUUUGAUCAAUCCCUCUUCAAAUUUAAUCAUCUUGCAGCCUGUUACAUUUUUGAAUAAGCUAAAUAAGCUGUUCUAUUAUACUCCUGGUGACCCCAUAGUUACAAGUCAUGGUUUGGUUAGCAAGGAUACAGCAGAAGCCAUUUUUGACAAAGAUGCAUCCACUUUUAUGUCAUUUCUUGAAUCAUUAUGUAUAGCUACCAAGAUUUCACAGGAGCAAGUUAAUGUAACUAUUGAUCAGUGUAGUUAUUAUAUUUCUAAUGUCUGCACUCACCCACCUCUUUUGCAAUGCAGUCCUACCUCACUUCAUUUGGUUCAUGACACAAAUAAUUCAUCGUCACAUUUUUUAGUCACUUUCACUGCCAAUUUUCUGAAGUCAUAUUCCAAAGCUCAACUUGAUGUAUCCAGGAUCCCUCACAUCAAUGUGACACGAUUUUGUUCUCAGUCAGAUGGUCUACUUUUUGAGCUUGUUCAAUUUGGGGAUAUCAUUGAAUUUUGUUUUCCUAAUCUUGGUAACGAGCUUUUGCUGCAUAAAGUCUGUGAGCAUAUUGUCAUCAUAUGUCAUGAAAUAAUGAAGGAAAGUGAUGUAUUAUAUAAUUUUGCAAUAAUGUGUGAGAGGUCCGAGCAUUCCUGUGAGCUUCAGAUGGAGCGCCAUGCUAUUCCUUUUGAAAAAGAGAAAUGCGAAAAAUGUUCUGUUGCCAUGACCAGUCAAGAUGCUGAGAGGAUCAAAGUAUUUAACAAAAUAUUGACAAAGCAUAAAGUUGCUGUCAAGAAAAUACUUAAUGGAGACUCUUUCUCAUUAGAAGAUGCUUCUGCUAUAUCAAAAAAAUUGACUGAGCUAUCAGUUGAAGGAGCCAAAGCUGUUUAUAGUGAAUUUAUGGGAACAGCCUCAGAUAAAGACUGGAAAGACUGGAAGGUCUUUAUGCAAAUGAUACUUACCUGGGAAGAAAAGAAUAAAGAUGGGAAGAGACAAUUUUUAUCAAAGCUUCGAUCAAUAGAUUUAGCUGAUAAGUCAGAUGCUAAUAAAAUACAGCAAAUUGCUAACAGUCAAACCAAAGGAUAUUAUCGGGAAUCAUCACCUUCAGAACCAAUUAACAAUCCUUUAUAUUUAGCUAGUCGACAAUUACAAGCUAAAGAGCAGCAUAUACAAAAAAUGAUGGCAAAUAUUGAAGAACUUGAAAAAAAUGUUACUCUUACUAAGGAAAAACUAAUGGAGCUGUUGGAAGAAAAAGAACAAAUAUUUAAUAUCUUAACUGAUUAUGAUGAGGAACGAAAAGCUAAUUUUACAGUUAAUGAAUUACCUGUAAUUGAAAUAUUGAAAGAAAAACUACAAGAUACUGGUUAG